AUGGCGACAUCAGGGAAUACAAGUAUAAGAAAAGCACAAGUGCCAAUUUCAUGCUAUUUUUGCAAAGGUCAAGAAAUACUGUGGAAAUGUGAAGAUUGCAAUGUUCGCAUGUGUAACUCCUGUAAAGAAAGUGUCCACCAAGGACUUCAAUCUGCACAAGAUCAUGACGUUGUGUCUAUUCAGGAUAUCAGCAAAUCAUCACCAGUAUCGUCUGUAGUUAUUUCAUCCGUUUUCAAUUCAUACACAACUUCUCUGCCUGCUGUUCAUACUUUACUUUGUUCGGAUGACGAUUUGCUAUACUUCAAAUUUAACCAGAAAACGUCUGACAAACAUCAAUUUGUGAAAGGGAAACGUUUAGAAUCAUCAAUAAAGACAUUACAGACGUUGAAGAGAAAAAUAUUUGACUUUGCAAUAAAAAAAGACGGUGAAAUACUUUUGAUUGAACAUCGUGACCACAAAAUACAAAUUUUAUCACCUGCGGGUGAAGUCAAGACUGUUUUAGACACUUUUCCGAUGCUGCCUUUGGCGAUACAUGUAAACAAAGACAAUGAAGUAAUAGUUGGAUUACGAGAACAAGGACCACCUCAUCCAGCCCAGGAUUUUUCGGUCAGACAGGUAAUAAUUUUCGGUAGUGAUUAUCAGCGGAGAGUAACAUUAGAAGUUGACAAAGAAGGAAAUAAAUUGUUCAGUUAUGUAGCACGCAUCCGCACUGAUUCUAGAAAUAUUGUGUAUGUCAUUGAUCGUUUUGACACUGACCACAAUGGUAGAAUAGUAGCUGUGGAUAGACAUGGUCGCUUAAGAUUUACCUACGACGGGCAAGACGAUUUAGAAACAUUUCAACCAGAGGGAUUUACUAUUACGGCAAGUGAUAACGUUGUAGUUGCAGACAGGGGAAACGAUGCUCUACAUGUUAUAAACUUGAAAGGAGAUCUACUUGGGUUGCAAUUAAUUUUCAAAGACUUGGGCAUAACCAGGCCAUAUUGUGUAUGCUUUGACACAGAAGGAUAUUUAUUAAUUGGAAGUGGUAAAGGAAAAAAUGAGGACUACGGAAAAAUUCAUGUCGCUAAAAUGACAGACAGUCUGAUCUAA